GAGAAUUAGCAGAAUGUUGAAAAGAAGUGUGUAUAUUUUUUUGCAUAAGGAACCAAGGCAUCUUACACCAUCUCUCUGAAAGGCAGUUCAGACGUCACAUAUCCUUUGCGCUCCAGGAAGCUGAGCCUCUUGCAGCAGCAACUCUCACCAGUGGGGGGCGGCAGCAUCUCAGUGACUCACUUCCUGAAGACUUGUAGGUAGGAGGAGAGAGAUUCGCGUUCAAAACCUUUUUGACUCUAUCCGCUCGCCGUAGCGCCUUAAGCCGCUCGAGUUUCAAUGCGCGUUGUUGUUGGACGAAGCUGAGUCCUAUACACCGCCCGCUGCUCUCCUGAUCAUGGCUUCUCCGAGUUCCUUCACCUACUACUGCCCUCCAACUUCCUCCCCUGUCUGGUCAGAGCCGCUGUACAGUCUGAGGCCCGAGCACGCGAGGGAGCGGUUGCAGGACGACUCGGUGGAAACAGUCACGUCCAGAGAACAGGCAAAAGUAGAAGAAAAGAUCCAAGAGGCCUUCAGUUGUUACAAGUUCAACCACCUUAUACCAAGGCUCGUUUUGCAGAGGGAGAAGCACUUCCAUUACCUGAAAAGAGGCCUUCGACAGCUGACAGAUGCCUAUGAGUGUCUGGAUGCCAGCCGCCCGUGGCUCUGCUACUGGAUCCUGCACAGCUUGGAACUCCUAGAUGAACCCAUCCCCCAGAUGGUGGCGACAGAUGUGUGUCAUUUCCUGGAGCUGUGUCAAAGCCCAGACGGUGGCUUUGGAGGGGGCCCUGGCCAGUACCCACACCUCGCACCCACCUAUGCAGCAGUCAAUGCACUGUGCAUCAUUGGCACCGAGGAGGCCUAUGACGUCAUUAACAGAGAGAAGCUCCUGCAGUAUUUAUAUUCUCUGAAGCAACCUGAUGGCUCUUUCCUCAUGCAUGUUGGAGGUGAGGUGGAUGUGAGAAGUGCGUACUGUGCCACCUCGGUAGCUUCUCUGACCAACAUCAUCACUCCAGACCUCUUUGAGGGCACUGCUGAAUGGAUAGCAAGGUGUCAGAAUUGGGAAGGUGGAAUUGGCGGGGUGCCAGGGAUGGAAGCCCACGGAGGCUAUACUUUCUGUGGCCUGGCUGCACUGGUCAUCCUCAAGAAGGAACGGACCUUAAACCUGAAGAACUUGCUGCAAUGGGUGACAGGCCGGCAGAUGCGGUUUGAAGGUGGAUUUCAGGGCCGCUGCAACAAGCUGGUGGAUGGCUGCUACUCCUUCUGGCAGGCCGGGCUGCUGCCCCUCCUGCACCGGGCGCUGCACGCUCAAGGAGACCCUGCCCUCAGCAUGAGCCACUGGAUGUUCCACCAGCAGGCGCUGCAGGAGUACAUCCUCAUGUGCUGCCAGUGCCCCGCAGGGGGCCUUCUGGACAAGCCUGGCAAGUCUCGGGACUUCUACCACACCUGCUAUUGCCUGAGCGGCCUGUCAAUAGCCCAGCACUUCGGGAGUGGAGCCAUGCUGCACGAUGUGGUCCUGGGUGUGCCUGAAAAUGCUCUGCAGCCCACUCACCCCGUGUACAACAUUGGACCGGACAAGGUGAUCCAGGCCACCAUGCACUUUCUGCAGAAGCCAGUCCCAGGCUUUGAGGAGCAUGAGGAGGAGGCAACAGCAGAGUCUUCCACUGACUAGAGGACGUAGCGUCCGAGUGUCUGUGUUCACCGCAGCUCAGUGUCUGUCCGUUCAGACCAAGGUUUCUAGUUCUGAUAACACUGCACUCUGUGCUGCACAGCCUUGGCCACUCUGGAGCUGCCAUUGCCCUUUCUUAUCAAACAGAACAAAACCAAUGGCUCUGGGUUUGGAGAACACAGUGGCAUGGUUUUAAAAAAAUUCUUUCCACUCCUGACAAACCAAAAAUGUAUCAGCACGUGCGGCAUCUAAACCAAUUUGGGGCCUGGCCAGAGUUGGUUGGGGAGCAGUGCAUGCUGGGAAGAAGCAGCCCCUCCCCGCCAGCUCUCCAGCCCGGACAUUCCUAUUGAAAUGAAUGACGUCCUUGAGUAUUACAGCAUCUACUGCUGCGACUCCCACUUGCACGCCACCAUGAAGUCACCAGGAAGGUGCCCUCCUAUGGGUGAAUAAAUCUGCUCUGUGACAAGGGAGGGGCUUUGGGUCCCACCAAAAUGAAUUUUCCAGAAAAACAAACCAUGGUGGGGCUUCACUAGGAGGUGCCCAAGGCUCUCUCCUCCCUCCCUGGUCAUUUGCAAUGGAAGAAAGCGGGGUCCCUCCUCCUGCACACUGGAGAACUGAGCCACACAUUUCUCAAAGGCCACGCUUGGUACAGGGGCGGAUUUGCUUCAGCCCCAGUGUGGGAAACCAAUUAUGAGUGGAAAAUGAACCUCUAAUUUAACUCUGUGCCAGAGAAAGCAGCCCCAGGGCCCACGCCCUCACCCCAGCCCAUCAUGUACCGUGAAAAACCCCUCUGACGGCCUCAAGGAGGCGCCUGCAGUCCAUGGCCAUUCUGCGUGUUUCCAUCUUCCUUCCACCAGAGUCCCAGCCCACCCUCCUCAAAGUGUUGUCUUCUCUCGCCCAGAAUAUUAACACUACUAAGUCUUUCACCUUAAUUUCUGACUCAGGAUUUCUUCACAUCCUGCCCACUCCAGGCUCAGAGAAAUAAAACCAAGUGCUAGACGAGCUGGCUGCUUGAGGCAGUAGCCACAUGAACCUGGCUGUGGCAGGGCUGAGAGCUGACCGGUGUGUUCAGCCCCUGCCGCUCACACGGAACACUUUCUAGGUCAGUCGGGUGUUGAUCUGGGUCAUAUGUCCACUGCUGCAGUCACAGCAAGCUCCAUGUUGCUGACCAGGCUUUCCUGUAGGCGCCAUGGGCUGUGGGCAGCCGAGAGCUCAGAGAUGGGGCACGAGGCGCUUCUCAAAAACUCUGGCCAUUUGCUGCCUCUAAUUCCCUAUUGCUUUGGCGUAUUGGACUAUGUAUUACCUCCUUGAAAUAAUAAAAGAAUAACAUUUUCUA